GUACGUCUGAGCCCUGAUGAUGCAGAAGAGGAGCCUUUACCUGCUGGUUGGGCUAUUGGUAUUGCUCCAAAUGGAAGAACGUUUUACAUCGAUCACAACACAAAGAAAACUAGCUGGGAGGAUCCUAGAAAAACUGCACUUCAUAGAGGUGGUUCACUACGUGGUCACGAAUCUCCUAGUCCGUUGUUUAGAUCAAAUUCCUCCGAUGACCUUCUUCACAACCUGGGUCCAUUACCGCCUGGCUGGGAAGAAAGAACUCACACUGAUGGUAGAGUCUUCUUCAUUGAUCACAAUAAUAAAACAACGCAGUGGGAAGAUCCACGUCUGCAGAAAAUUGGUGGGCCGGCCAUUCCAUAUUCUAGAGACUACAAGAGAAAGUAUGAGUACUUCAGAUCAAAAGCUACGAAAACCAGUAAUGCCCUGCCAAACAAACUUGAUAUCAAAGUUACCAGAAGAAAUGUGUUUGAAGACUCAUUUAGAACAAUUAUGGGCAUUAAAAAUCCAGACAUGCUCAAAACGAGGUUGUGGAUUGAGUUUGAUGGAGAGAUUGGACUGGACUAUGGAGGAGUUGCACGUGAAUGGUUUUACCUUCUGUCAAAAGAGAUGUUUAACCCAUAUUAUGGGUUGUUUGAAUAUUCUGCAACGGACAAUUAUACCCUUCAGAUCAACGCUCUAUCAGGUAUUUUAAAUGAGGACCAUCUGACAUACUUUGAAUUUAUUGGUCGAGUUGCUGGCAUGGCAGUUUUCCAUGGAAAGCUGUUAGAUGCAUUUUUCAUUCGGCCCUUCUACAAGAUGAUGUUGAGGAAAGCAAUUACACUCAACGACAUGGAGUCUGUGGUAAGUCAUUCAGGAAUUUG